UCCCUCCCUCAGCAUCACCGCAUCUUCCGCCGCCUUUCUCCCUCAACACGGGACCUACAUAUUGACCCCGUAUUACCGUUAAAAGCCGGGAUAAUAAUGGACGACGUCCCUCCGAUCGUCAACAUCUCCAUCUCUUUGCGGAUCCAGCCCAACGAAGGACCCGUGUUCUUCAAGGUGGACGGAACCAGGUUCGGCCAGACCAGGACCAUCAAACUGCUCACGGGCUCCAAAUACAAGAUCGAGGUGGUGUUGAAGCCUGGAAACGUCGAGGCCAUCAACAUGAACAUCGGAGGCAUCGUCUUCCCUCUGGAGCAGCAGUCCAGGGACGAGGAGUCGGUGGUUUAUCACGCGCAGUACGACACCGAGGGCGUCCCGCACACCAAGAGCGGAGACCGGCAACCCGUCCAAGUCGGUAUGGAGUUUAACAAAGCAGGGACGUUUGAGACAGUCUGGCAGGCGAAAUACUACAAUUACUACAAGAGGGAGCACUGCCAGUUCGGCAACAAAUUCAGCAGCAUCGAGUACGAAUGCAAGCCCAACGAGACGCGGACCCUCAUGUGGAUCAACAAGGAGGCGUUCAACUGAGCCGGCUCGUCCCUCCGCUGUCGACAAACACCAGGACUUUGAACAUCAGCAUCCCAAUAAAAAGACGGCCUUAUCUUAAAGGCGUGCGUGAAGUAAGCAAAGGGGUCAGGUAUUUGUGUUGUUUUAUCCGAAAGAGGAGAGAACAUAUAGCUGUUUGCUAUGCUGGUCUUUAAAGUUUUUUUUUGUUUUGUUGCUGCUCUCAGCGUUCAGGGUUAAAGGAACAAUCGGACAUUUUUUUGAGAUACAUACACAGUCACAUGAGAAGAUUUAUAUAUAAGAUGUAUAUACAUUUCAUGACAGUGCUUCCAUGUGUCCUAGAUGUAUUUAGCCUCGUAACUCCUUACUGACUUCCCAGUUCAAAUAAGAUGCAGCAUUCGUCCCAUUUAUCUCCCACAACCUCCUUCCACUACUAGUUCGAGGCUAUUUCUUUUACUAGCAUGCUACUUCUUAAUCAGCACAUUUAUCUCGGUUCAGUGUAAAUAGCCAAAUAGCUGCCGCAUGACCAUUCUCGCCCGGGGUGCAAAUAAACACGUUUAACGUUUGCAAUCAACGUGUAAAGCCAUGUGACGUGACUUGACGUACAUUUAAAAAGAGGAGUGGACAUUUUGACUUUCCCCCUUGAGUUAGGGUCUUUCAAAAGAGAAUAAAAUAAAUACUUUCCAACUAAUGCAAAGCUGUCAGAUUCUGCUUGCUAACACGCUAGUUAGCAUCUUGUAGUCGGCAGGCUUUAGAUGACAGUUAGGACGGCGCUUCGCUGUGAGGUCGGGACUUUUGAGGUGCUUUGUUCAGCCACUGCUGUCAGCGGUUUGUUAUUUCUGUACCUGUUCAAUAAACAUGAUGCAGCAUGUCAGGUUUCUUUGGAAGGUGUAGACUUCCCGCUUCCAGUCUUUGCGGUAAUCUAGCCUAAACACAGGACUUAUCUUUAUGGACAGACAGAAAUUCACAUUGAUCUUCUCGUCUUACUCUGGAGGAGAGAAUAAACAAGUUUUAUCCCCAAAAAUGUUCCAAAUGUACCUUUAAAGUGGAGUUUAACACAUUGUGACCAGCUAGCACGGCGUCAGCUGAAGACCAGGAUGGAAGACACCUAUGAGUGGAAGAAGUAUUUCAUGUUAUUUAUAAAAACUGCGUGGACAUCAGUGAGAGAGAAGAGACUACGUGUGAAAGUGUGUAUUGUGAUAGGUUUAUGUAUUGUGUUAUUUACUGGAGAAAUCCACCCAAUACACAUAAACACUGUUAAAAUAAACAGGUAUAGCAGAAAAGGGAAUGUUUCUUCUCCCUCUUGAAGACAACUGUCCAACUACAGAUGCUGUGUUUUCAUGUUCAGGUAGGACCCAAAACAAAUUAGCAAACGUUCUGGUUCUGAUAUCAAUCCACCAGAAAUCAAAGUUUGAGAGCUGCCAUUCGAAAAAAAAAAAACAUUUCUGUUGGAAUAAACCAAACCUCAAUGAGACAAUAAGAGAUCUAACAGUGCGAGUAGAUGAUGGUGGACUCUUCCUUUAAAGGAUAAUGCUGGUGUUACUAUAAAUUUAAACAAAUCCCAUGAAAAUACCAAAACCAACAAGGUCUGUCUCACGACGUUCUGACUUCCUGUCUGUGGCUCUCAGCUCCAAGCCCAUUGGUUCCUAAGAAGCCAUAAAUCUUUAAAAAAACAAAUGUAUAGUUAUAUGUUAAAAACAGCCACCGCACUGUAGUCUUUAAUAAACAAACAGGAGGAAAUUGCGCAUUUGUUGGGGACUAUUUGUCAGCGGCGGAUUGAUUCACAUUUAGUGUUUGUGGCAGCAGGGCGGUGUGUGUGUGUGUGUGUGAUUGAGUCAAAAUAAACUCCAGUGUGUGUGUUCAUGGAGAUGAAGGAACAACAGUGAGGCUCACUGAUUUUAAUGGAGCUCUAUCGCAAUACUUGGACGCAGGGACACAUCCACUGUUGGUUCUGCUGAAGAGGUCUUUUACUUUGAGACACGGCGCUCAUUAUUGCUGCAAGUGCUUCACUUUGUGUUGAAUCUGUGCCGCCACCACUCGUACUCAUUUCCUCUGUUGUCUCUUGAAGUGCAUGGCUGGAUUCACUUUGCCAAAUAUGAUGUGUUUGUUUGUUUUUUGUUAAGAUAUCUCAAUGCAUAAACCUUGCUGUUUGUUAUGUGUUGAACUAAGGAGUAUAAAGUGUAUUUGUCAAUAAAACAGAAUACUGAACCAA